AUGACUGCUCUACAACAGCAUAUAGCAGCCCAUCUAAUACGAAUCGCUCUCUUUUCUCUACCACACUCGACAGGUGCAGACGGCCACACGGAAUCGGGGACCAGCUGGUCCGGGAGAGCAAACGGACAUCACUCAGAUUCUUCCCAAGUCGCAAGCGGUGAAAGCUCGAGCUCUUCAUCCCAAUCUGGGAAUGAGAUGAAGUCACCCAGAAACGAGAGGAGCAGAGAGACUCUUGGCUUGUCUCAAAAUGCGUUGCGGCAGCUUGAGACGAUCACGUCAGGCCAAGGAACAAAUGCAAAGGUCGAGCAGUUCCUAUCGCAUCUGAAUGAGUCCGACUUGGAAGAUCAAUCAUCGAAUAGAAAUUUUCUCUCUGCUCCCAAGUUGGCGGGAAUGGAAGAGGAUGAGCAGUCUCUGGUGGCAUAUGAAGCUAGCUCAAAAUCCCAUGAUAUGGCCAGCCCGGCCAAGGAAUCGACUGAAGGUAUCUAUACCGGACGCCGUCGUAGAUCCCAGAGCCUUGAUGAUUUGGCUGCUGAACUGGCAGAUUUGAGAGAGAGGUGGACCGAAGAGAUCCGGGCUAGAGGACACGCCAGCGCCCAGGACCGGCUUUCCAACUUCGAAUCUACAUCGGAGGCUAAACAACAGGAUAGCCAGGGCGUGGGCGUUCCACAGCAAGAGUUCAAUGAAACUCCUCUUCCCGCUCCCGAAAUAGAAGAGGGUCCGAUGUACUGCCACUACUGUGGAGAGGAACUCACAGGAACAGCAAUAGAAGCCACUCAAAUGAGCCAAAGAUGGCACCGUCACUGCUUCAAAUGUAUUGAAUGUGAAACGGCCCUCGAACUUGAUGGUGGCCUCAUGACAAAGCCCGAUGGGAAUCUUAUCUGCGAUCAGUGCACCUAUACCUGCACAGCGUGUGGGAAGAAGAUCGACGACAUUGCUUUUCUCACAGGAGACCAGGCAUUCUGCUCUGCCUGCUUCAAGUGUUAUAAUUGCAAGCGCAAGAUUGAAAACCUCAGACACGCUAGCACACCACAGGGCAUUCUAUGCAUGGAUUGCCAUGAAGCAUUGACGGCUCGACGACCGAGGAAGGAGACACCUGAGCAGCGACAACAAUCGGGCAAAAUCAUCGAGGAACCUCUUGUGCCCGUCACCACCGACCUACGCCGCCAGGCUAUCGGAGCAGAUGAUAAAGAGGACCUCACAGAUUUAGCCCAGCCUCAUCCGUCCUCUCUGUCGCCGACAGCCUCCUCACAGCACCCUGCUCCGUCGGCGCCCACUGCUGGCCCCUCAACCAUGGCAGACGAGGAACGGUCCAUUCAAUCACUCAGUUCAUCGGAUUCAACAAAGGCAGCAAUAAUGGCUCCCCCGUCAGCUACUGCGGGCUCAACGUCGUCUACCUCGCGGGAUACAGCAAUCCCGUCUCAGGAAUUACCAAGGGAGAAGAAAUCCAAAGACUCUGUAUCUUCCGUAUUCCGUAUCUCCCGCCCACCCCUGUCUGAAUAUCAGGCUCCGCGCGUCGCCAGGCCACAGGCUACAAGUGGUCGCCCGUCAGUGCAACAAGGGCGCCAAGCUCCGGGAGUGCUGAUCAAAAACAACCGCAAGUUUAUUGAUCCAUACGAUCAGGAGCAGGGCCCGACGCCUCACAGCGGAACGUCCGGAGUCGUUAAGAAGAUUCAAGAUUUCUUCCGUCGCCGUCGACCUUCGACAGACGGCGACGAUCCCCAUGAAGAAAUGAAAUGACGCACCACAAUGGACGGUUGGUUCACUCCUCACAGUGCUCCUUCUCCC